GUUUUAUAAUAUAGAGAGGCCUUCAGAAUGACUCACGUUAGACCGACCCGGGGCGUCCUUACACUUCGUUUAAUGUGAUGCUUCCUAUUGAAUACGAAGUGCCGAACGCCCCGGCCCGGCCCCGGGCCGGUCUAACAUGAGUAACGUGAGUCAUCGUUUAACAUCAACAGUUGUAAAACGUGGGAGGCGCAAGGCGGACGUGUGAACAGUUUUUGUGUGUUUAUUUGAUACGCUUUUUCUCAUUAUCAUAGUUUGUGUGGGAUUAACUACAUGCGAUGGAGAUACAAGUAGAAAAACCAGUAUCUAGUGCACGUAGUGAAAUCAUCGUACGACAUGCCCGUUCAGAUGAUGUAUCUGAGAUAUACGACAUUAUUAAACUGGAAAUCCCAGAUGACAAUUUUCCUUCUCUUAAACAUUUCUGCAGAGACGGAUUCGAGACGUCGCCACCAUGGUUUCAAGUAUUAGUUGCAGAGAGAGACGGCAAUAUUCUCGGUUGCGCACUGUACUAUCGCUAUUAUUGGCCGCGGCCGUCGCCGCCGGGCCGAGCGCUAGUGCUGCUCAUGUUGACCGUGCGUAAGAGUUCGCGACGGUGUGGUGUGGGUACCAAACUCUUUCGAGGGCUUUGCCGGGUGGCACUCGAAGAAAACGCGCAGUUGAACUGGACGUAUCCCGUAAGUGAUCCUGCAGCUGCUUUCUUCGCGCAGUUCAAACCUGACAUCAGUGAUGACUUGGACGGGACCUACAUCAUGCGAAUAAGUCCCAAGACUGUUCGUGAAAUUGCCGCAAGAAAAAUGCGCGCCAAUAAAGAUAUUUCAAUUCAGCUGGCUCGGCAAGAGGAUAUGGCAGAAUUUAGCAUGAUGAUACGAGAAAUAUCAGAAAUACGAGAUACUUUGAACGGUCGACAUCUUAAUGAAAAGGAUUUUAUAGAAGACGGUUUCACCAGCUCCCCGCCAUGGUUCUUCGCACUCAUAGCGUGGCGAGCGGGAGCUGCUGUAGGCACAGUGGUUGGCCAACCUCUGUACAACUGGAAGAAGAGCUUCGACAUGCAGAGCUUGUAUGUACGGCCUGAGGCGCGGCGCUGCGGGCUGGCUAAACAGCUUAUUGUGGAAUUUUGUCGUGUGACACCCGGAAUUCCCGCACCGGGUGCCACCCAUGCUAGCUACGCCACUGAGUGUAGGAUCUCUCGGACUUUUUUAGUUAAGUAUAGAAAGCCGAGGAAGAAGGUAUGAAGCAGGUGGACUUCCACACGCAUCCUGUGAACACAGAAGCGUUGGCUUUGUACGCCAACUUUGGCGCUCAAAAGCUGUUUGACGACCACGGGUCUUUUCGCCUCGAAGUCGAUAAGAUUAAGAACAUUUUAGCAGAAAAAUAAAUUUCAUCUGAAUUUUACAA